AUGGAUGAAUCAAUUAUGACGACUAUCAUAUAUGAUGAUGAAUAUAGUUUUGAAGAGAAGGUCAAAUUGAUUUCAAGGGUGAAUCAAAACUUUAUUAAGAAAAAUCAAGAAUUGCUCGAUAGUAAGCAACAAAUCAUUAAUGAACAGACUCAAUUGAUUAAAUUUCAACAAAAGUUACUUGAUAUGUUACAAGAGAAACAAUUUGGUAAAUGUGUCUGCGCAUGUGCUAAUAGGGUAGAGAAUGAUGGGUCAGGGAAUGACUUGAUCGAAUUGUUUGAUGACGAAACGGUCAUUUCCAAUAAUUCUCGCGGUAAAUUGUUGACGGGCUAUGAAGGAAAAUAUAGUCAUUAUAUAAAGGGUAUAAAGCCUUGUUAUAAAGUAUAUAUUGGAAACUUGCCACCGCAUAUUUCAAUGUUUCAGCUAAAGAAGUUUCUUAACGAGCAAUUUGGUAAUGUUGAUUAUAUCUAUAAGGUUGUUCCCAACGAUAAAUGGGCGUUCGCCUUAUUUUCGGAUUAUAAUUCGUGUAAAAAAGCGAUUUCACAAGGCUCCAUAAGAAUUCAUGGUUUCUCGGUCAAUCUGCAAAUUCCUCAUGAUCGUGAUUAUUUUUGA